GUAUUAUACAGCAUAGUUUAGUGGGUAAGGUGAGCGGCGGAGCCACUUUUUCCCCACACAAAGCUCUUGUCGACGACGGAGACUUUCUAAAUGCCGUGGUCUUUUGCUGAUCGUUUGGCCAGCAAACCAACACCAACAGCAGCAGCAGGUGAUUCUCGUUCAUUCGGUGCGAAACGAGUGGUAAAGCAAAGAAGUUGAGUUUUGUAGACGCAGAGUUUAGUUCUUCGCCAAGCGUCGUCGCGGUUUGAAUUAAAACUAAACAUUUUUAAUUUGGACUUAGUUUCAAUUAAAAUGGGUGUCUAAAUAAAUCUUUUUUUAAUUAUUAUAUUAAUAAGGUGAUUUUAAUAAAAUCAAAAGUGAAGUGAUUUUUAUUGAGUGGUGAUGUUGCAACCUAGAAGGAGAAGGAUGAUGGUUUUUUUGGUUUGGACGUUUUUAUUUUUGGAUGGUUUUAAUUUUGUAAAAGGUGAAAACAUUUACAUUUCGCCGAGACAACGGAGACAAAACGCCGAAGAUGUUACCACGGUUCUUUUGGUGGACAACCACGGCCGGAAUUCAUUCGGUCGUUUCCUCAACGUAAAACCGGACCUUGGCCUAUUGACCUCUACAGCCAGAACCUUCAUCCAAGAGGGCGUUACAACCCAAUACGCCACCCAAGUCCUCGGAACCACCCUAGACAACGGACGACUUUACGCCCACUUGCUCACGAAAAGUUCACGAGUUCUAUACGAAGACUCACCAUCGUCCUCUAUCAAAGUGUACGAGAACCCAAAGAAAUGGAAGAUCGAAACCAAACCGGAAAACGGCGAAAGAAACUUCGUCAAAAACACCGAUUACGUUUCGCCGAACCAAAUCGAACCAUUCGUUGUUUUCCCCACGGUUAUUUCCCGCGAAGAAAUCAAAAAAGGGAAAGAAGAAGAAUUAAACGAAUCGCCAACGAACAAUUUAAGAAUCCCUUAUAACGCCGACGCCAAAUACAUCGCUUUAACAAGCAAACAAAAAAAAUCUAAACUAAAUUUAGAAGUUAACGAAAACGCAAUCGUUAAAGACGAUAUCCACCCAUCAAAAAUUAAAGAAUGGGACAAUUUACCCACAUUCACAGUAAGAAACGAAUUCUCCCCAUCGGGAUUUUCUUACCUAACAGGGGAUUUCCCCGAUUUCGAGGUUAACACCGAAAAGAGCAAAUCAACAACAUCAAGAGAACGCAAAGCCAAAUUAUUAUUUCGACCUAAAGAGGUUGAAAAGAUAGAAUUAAAAACGGUUACUUACACGGGAUUUGCCGAUUUCACCACGACAGUUGGCGACACGGUUAUUAUUUUUUCCCCAUCAACUUUGGAGGUUAAGCAGCAAACGGGACAUGUUACCAAAAUUAAAGGUGAAGCUACUUUGUUGCCAACAACGACGCAAUCCAUUCAAGAAAGUGUCAAAGCAUCCACGAUUUAUGAGAAAGUUUACACCCCAUCGAUUGAUUUUGAAGUUACAACCCCUAAUGUUGAAGAAGAUGAUGAUGAAGAUGACGAAUUUACGAUUUUAGAUAGUUCAGAUAGGCCAUUAAAGCAAUCUGAUGAGAUUGAUUUAGAUGCUAAGGUAUCGAUUUUGGCUAAAGAACAAGGUGGGACUGAGAAAAAUUUGGAUGAGAUUGAGAUGGAGAUAACGACGCAGGGGGAAAAUGUUGUUUUGUACAAUUCUGAUGUUAUCCAGCCUUCUGAGACUCAAAUUACGAAGUUGUCCAAGCCGACGCAUGAUGAUAUCUCGAAGCUUGUUGCUUCUUUAAACGCGAAACCGAUUGAGGUGACUCAAUCAAACUUAAAGAUUCCUUCCCAGGAAGAUAUUGAACGAAUUUUAGCUUCGCUAAAUCAGAAAUCAGAAUCUUCGAAACCAACUGAGCCGUUAAAUACGAAGAGUAGUUUUAUAUUGAGUGAUCCAUUUAAAAAUAUAAACACGGAGGAAACUAAAGUUUUAAGCGGGGCUAAAACGAUUUUCUUUGACGAUGUGUUCCCUACAAGUUUAGACGAAGCUUUUGAUGAUAAGUUAAAAGAAAAAGUCGAAGAUGAGAAGGAAACUACAACGAUUUUGAGUCAAACUGAAGAAGUAACAACUGAAAUGAUUGAAACAACAACCGAGGUUGAAAAUAUAACAGAAGAAAAUGAAUUAACAACAACAGAGGAAGUUACAACUCAAGGAAGCGUUGAAGAUAAAUGUUUGGAUGGUUUAAAAAUCCUUCCUACGACUUCGUACCAUCAUUAUAAUGUCUUAACAACGUUUUACAUCAAAGAGGGGGAAUCAACUUCAACUUCAAUUCAACCCGGAAUAAGUAUCUCAACGGAAAUUGGGUUCCAAACCGUUUUAUGCGACGAAUUAAUCGACCCAACCAACGUUUUGACAACUCCUCAACCAACAGAAAUUGAAAUCACCACUCAAAAAGAAAUAACAACCGAAGAAAUCGAAGUUACGACUGAAAAUGUAAAAGAAACAGAAAUAACAACCGAAAUGUUCGAAGAAACAACGGAAAUGACGAACAACGAAGAUGCAACAACAGAAAGCGGCGAAGAAAUUGAGUUGUUAGUGAAGACUUUGUAUACAACUUUCAAUUAUUUAACCACGUAUUAUUUGGGGAACACCUCAACCGUCUCAACAUCAAAAACGAUCCAAACUAACAUGAUAACAUCAACUUUAUUCCCCGGGAAAGAGAUACAACCAUCUCAAAUUAACGAAAAUUUAGAAACCCACAAAGUUAAUUUCGACGAUUUCGACUUAAAAGAAGAAAACAACGAAGACGAUGAAGACGAUGAUGAAGAAGAAAUCAUUGCAACCCCAACUUUAUCAUUAACCCCGUUUAAAAUUAAAACAUACUUCACAACUUACACAUAUUUCUCGACUAUUUUCGACGGGGAGGAUGAUUCGCGCGUUUUGAGCCGAACCGAAGUUCGAUCUUCAGUUUAUACCGAUUAUGGGAGCCCCAAAAUAAGCCCAACCGAUAUUUUAGAGGGAUUAUUAAACAAAAACGAUUACGAUAAAUACAACACAACGAUGAGUCGAGUUAGAACUAAUUUGCCUGUCGAAAACGACGAAGAGAAUGUGAUUUUACCAAGUGCGACUCAAGAUAAAUCUUAUGUUACGUUGAAUCGAAAUUUACCCGUUUUGGAAGGAUCGGAAGAAUCGAAUUCGGAUCUUAAUUUAUCCGAUUAUGAGAUAAUUACGAAUAUGGUUACGAAUGUUAAGAGCACGACCUCGAAGGGGGAGCAAAAAGUUUUGGAGAACUUAGAUAAAAGGAAUGUGCUUGAAGAUCAAGUUUUUUCAGAGUCGAAUAAUGAAUCGGAAGUUGUCCCUUCGCCCACUCUUUUAUUGCAAACUAGUUACACGACUUUUACUUAUUUUACAACGACUUAUCAUGGGACCACUUCAAGCGAUGUAAAUAGCAGCUUAAAAACGAUUACUAAUAUCGUUACGGAAACUUUGAAUUCCCCCCAAACUUUAAAACCGGAAGAUUCGGACCAACCCAUAACUUAUUUCACCACUUUCACGUAUUGGACGACGAGCGUUAAAAAGAACACAACGAUUAUUAAUAGCAGCGAAAAAACAAUCACUAACAUCGAUUCCCCGACGAUUUCUUUCACAUCAACCCCAACAGAUUCAAUCAUUUCCCCAACUCCGAUUUUAGAAACGAUUUAUUCCACAUUUACUUAUUUCACCACUUCUUAUAUCGAUGAUAAAUCGACGGUUUUAAGCAGCUUGGUCACUCAAUCCAAAAUCAUUACAAAAACGCCCGAAUUAAAACAAGGAAGGGCGAUUAAUUUGGAGGCGACACAAAAUCAAAUUAAUGAAGAUAACAAAAACAAAAUUGGGUUGUUAUCGACGUUAACUCGCGUUGAGGAGAAUUCUGGAGUUUCCACGAUUUAUUCCACCGAUGUUUAUGGGACUUCAAUUAAUGGGAAGUACAUUCAAGUCGAAGAAACCACAUCUUCCGUUCUAAAUGUAUCUUUAAAUCCAACGAAUUUGAAACCAACGGGAAUUUUAAGUAUAAAUAAAGGGAUGAUUGUCGACGCUGAUGGAGUGAGUACUUUAUUUUAUACAACCCAAGCUUUGGGCACUUACAUCGAUGAUAGUUAUGCCCAAAUAAUCGACAGUACAAGCUUUUUAAAAGUGGACGAAGAAAAGAAAUCUUUAUUACCGACCGAUUUACCGGCGAGAAGAACCGGGUUAGUCCGCUUCAUAGAGGGCGCGAUUGUUCAAAACGAAACCACCACGUUGUAUCACUCCAACGUUUUAGGAACCAUAAUAAACGGGAGUUACGCCCAAGUAAUCGAAAGCACAUCGAGCUUUUUAAUUAACCCGACCCCGACGUCAAUUUUAAGCGCGCAAGAAUCAACGAAAAUCGUUUUAACCCCUUCUCCUGUAAUGUUGGAGGGUUCUGAGACUACGAAAAAUGAUGAAGAUGUUGAAACAACCACCGAGGGGGACGAUGAAGAUUUAAAGGAGACGAAAAAGUUCCCGAUUAGAAAAAAUAAUUACACCCCAGCGAUCAGGCCGUUUAGUUCGAGAUCAUCCCGGCCGGGAUUCGCCCCAAAUUCAAAACGAAAAGGUGCCACAACGAUUACAAGAAGCGACAUAACAACCCCAACGGUAACCGUGGUCCCCGCGUCAAAGCAGCGAUUUGGGGGGCGAAAAAGCUCGUCGAAUUCGUUAAUCCUCCCAACAGCUUCGGGAUCGAGACGAUUCACCCGCCCCAAAUCCACAUCAUCCUCAGGAUUUAGACGAAGCUCCUCGAGGGUCCAACCCACAUCGUUAUCAUCAAAUUUAUUAAGUUCGCGAAGAGGGGGGAGCUUUAGAUCAUCAUCAAUCCGACCAUCUUCGCUUUUUAAUUUGAGCAGGGCGAGAAUUCGCCCCACGGCGAUUAAUUUUAACCGAUUCAACUCGGUGACUCCUUCAGACGAAGAAAACGACAUCACAACAGAUGUAACUGAUAACCCGACGGGAUUUACGGAUGAUUUCGAGGAUUCAUCAACAACUACAGAAAGUAGCAGAAGAAACCCACUUUUGAACCGAUUUAGACGCCCUAAUCAAAAUCCACAACGCGGAUUAACUUUAACCACGCAAAAAUCACCAAUUAAAUUAAAUAAAGGUAAUAAAAACGUUAAAACAACCCCAAAAUCAACAACUCGCCCACUUCAAAAUCGUCCAAGACCCGUUAAUGCAUUAUUCCCGAGGCGAAAUCUAUUCACAACCACGACGACCCCUCCCCCGGAAGAAGAAGAUGAAUAUAUCGACGAUGAGGAGGAUAUGGUGGGCGAAAAUGAGGAGGAUUACCAAGAUGAUAUCGAAUUACCCGCCGAGUCGCUGCAAAAUACGCGAAUUGGAAGGUCGAAUGCGAGGAUUGAUAAAAAUUUGAAACAAAAAGUUUUAAUCAAACCGUUUGUGAGGAGGAGAUUAAAGAGGCAAGUUCAACAUUCGAGGUUUCGGAGGCCGCUAUCAAGAACGACCACCCCUAAAGAAGAAGUAACCGAGACGACGACGAAAUCGAUUAAUAAUCGAAAAAAUCGAUUUUCUCAAAGGAGGAAAGAUAAUAAUACAAAAAGGAUUAAUCCAACGAAAGCUUCGAAUCAAGGAAGAACUCAAUUUACAAUUAGAGAUAAUAAUAAUAAUAGAAAUUCUAAUUUUAAGCGCCCAACAACGACGAUUAGGAAACCAACCCCGAAUUCGAGGACUAAAUUAAGAACGAGUUCGAAUCAAGAUGUUCGCAAAUCUGGUAGUGUUAAUAAUAAUAAUAGUAGUAGUAGGAGGGUUGUUGAUAAUGGUGGUGGUAAUAGUAAUAAUAAUAAUAAUAAUAGGAAUAAAUCUCGCCGCCCCACUUAUAUUAAUCAAGAACAAAUCGAUAAUAACUUUGUAAUUCCGAGUUUUGAUGGAACAAUCACGGUAACUCACCAAAUUCCAACGGAAGUCUCAAUCCCCAUCGUUAAUGGGAAAAUAACCGAAUACAAAAACAUAGUUACCGCAAAAUUUAGCACCCAAGUCCUCGGCCCUGAAGAAUACACAACGAGCAUUAACAAUUUUGGGAAAGAUGUAACCGUUUUGUUAUCAGAAAAUAGCGCGAUCAAUAACAACGGGGCAACCCAAGUUACGCAAUUCGUUUUAAACGAGACUCCAACAACCAGCGUUAUUUUCACCCCGACUUAUAUCCGGGGAAGAAAGACUUCGUAUUCGCAUAUUGUGCCUAGUACGAUUUAUGGGGUCGAGGAGGUUACAAACACGAUCCAACCGGCGUUAGCGGCCCAAGCACCUUUAGCCAACAUCUUAUUGUCGCAAUUAUUAUUGGGAAACGUGGGAUUCCCCCAACAAAACCCGCUAUUAGGCGCAUUCCAACAACCGCAGCAACCAGGAAUCCCCCAAACGCCAACAACCGAGUUUAAAACUCGAACCACAACUUACAUAACAACCGUAACUAAAGCCACAUCGACCGUUAUUCCUUUAACAUUCCGAGGAAAAGAGAUUUUAACAACAAUCGUCGAUACCAAGACCGAGGUGAUUACAGCGACCGAAUUUUUAACCGACACGGUCGUUGUAACCCCAACGAUUCCUAAUUUUCAAGCGCCUAAUCAAUUAAAUAGCUUGUUGGUGCCACUUUUAUUGCAACAACAACAAAAUCAACAAAUUCCUAUUUUGCAGAAUCCGGCGGGGGUUUUUAAUUUGGAUCAAAUCCAACAAGUUCAACAACAAGGAGUUUUAAGUAGUAAUGUUGUAAAUGAUGUCGAGGAGAAUCAAAAUGAUGCGAUUAAUGAAAAUAACGGGGUGGAAAUGGUAACGCAUAAAACCCGCAAAAGAAAAUCGAAAAAAGAAAAGGUUACGACCCCAACCCCCCCGGAAAAAGAAACGAGCGUGGUGACUUUGUACGUUUCGGGGCGACAACCUGGGGAAUUCACCACCGUUUUAUCGACGUAUGUUGUAGGGGAAGAAAAUAGCAGGAAAAAGCGGGAAUUAAAACCGACGGGGGUUAAUUUUAAUCCACCAAAAACGCACUUAUUAGAAUACAACGAUUUAAUUAUAGCAACAACCCCAGAAGAAAAUCUACAUCAAACCGAAAUUAACUCAAAACCCACCCAAACGUUAGAAAGCAUUUUAGGGGACGUGAACAAACACGUCACGAAAAGUAAAAAAUAUCAAACCACACAACAAAACGAGUCUUUUUUAGCCGUAGACCUCUACUUUGACGAAGCCCCUCCAAGAAGAGGUCACUACACACCUGGGGGUACCCGACAAAGUAAUCAUAAUGAAUUAAAUGUUAAUGUUAGAUUAAAUCGCGAUGUAAAUAAUAAUAAUUUUAAUAUAAGCAAUAACGAAGAUGGAUUAAAAAAACGAAGAGUCGUCAAAAAAUUGGUUGGGAUUCGUCCGAGGAACACGAAUCGUCCGAAAAGAAGAAGAAAGGUGAUUAAAAUUAAGAAAAGAAAGCGCCCGAUUAAUAACGACGUUGUUAUUAAGAAGAGGAGGAAAGUUAUUAUUACAAGGAAAAGGUUAUUACCAAAACCUACAACAUCUUUUAUAUCAUCAACAACGGAAGAAAUAGAAACGAAAAUGUUACCACAAGAAGAAGAUUUUAAUUUAAUCCAAGAAGCAUCUAAAGAGGAAUUUGAUGAUGACUCAAAUGAAUUUGAUGAAGAUUAUUUAAAUUCGAAUUUUGAUGCAAAUAACGAUGAAGAAGAUGAUGAUAUAAAUGAUGAUAACGAAGAUGAUUACGAUGAAGAAGAAAAUGAUGAUUAUCAAAAUCAAGAUGACCCAACUCGUUUAAAUAUAUUCAACGAAGAUGGUUAUUAUGAAGAUAAUAUUUACGAAAAAAUAGUUGAAUCACCGAUUUUCGAUCCUCUUUUUCCUGAAUUAUCGGAAUCGUUCGAUUCUAAUUUAUUAUUAAAAACGACGACUUUAACUGCAACCGAAUACGAGACGAAAACCUCGAUUGAAAUGAAAAAUAAAACGUACACUUUGGUGGUGACUCGAGUGAAUGGUGACGAGCAAAUUGUGAGUUCUUCGCAUGAAGUGUUCCCGCAAACGAAAACUGUUAUCGUAACCGAACCCGUACUUAGAUACACGACGUUGACUUUAUUAGACUUGGACAAUUCACUACCUAACACUGACACAACCACCCUUCUUCUUGAAAAUAUCACCACUACCAAAAUUAGUACCACUUCUACAAUUGUUGAAGAAGAAGUUAGAGCUUUAGAUGAAGCGAGAUACAAUCUAGCCACUCGAGUCAUGUCGAAUGGGGUUGAGGUGAUCGUUGCCGGCGAUAAAAGUACACUUCCUGGUGAACCGGAUGUAAGCAGAAUUUUACCAUCGUCAAUUUAUAAGCCGGUCACUUUCAAAGCCAGUACUUUAACCGAACAUAUGAUGAUGCUACAACCAUCAGAGAUUGAGGCGCCAACAACAACCUACCCGAAUCAAUUCGUAACAAAAACAUGUUUAACAACAUUCACCUAUUUAACAACGUACGUUGAAGAUGGUUCCACGAUCGUUUCUAGUCAUCAACAGGUUGUUUCAAAUAUUGCAACCGAAGAAAGAAACAGCGCUGGAAAAAUUCUACCUACACCUACAUCAACAGUGGGAAUUACUUUAACACAGCAUCCAAAUUUAUCUGUGGGAAUCUUCCCCACGACUUACACAUAUUUAAACACGAUAAUCGAAGAUAAUCACCCGGUUAUAAUCGAAUCAAAGCACACAGUAACUAAUACAGUGACAGCUCCCGAUGAUUAUUUAUCAUUGCUCCAACCUCAAGAUUUCGUUUCGCCGAUUAAAGAAACAAACACUUAUUUCUCAACGAUUCGAGAUCGCGAGACUCGAACUCAAAUUGUUAUAACCGAAUCGAUCCCGCCGAAAGCAACGACAUCCGUAAUGACGUCUUAUUUAGCUUUGGACGAUCCCACGAAAAACGAAGACAUCGUUACGACCGAUGUCGUUAAAACUUAUUUUAUAACGUACACCUAUUUUAACACGGUGAUGCAAAACGGAAAUUCGCACGUUCAAACCAACAUUUCAACCUCAACGGAUGUUGUUACGGAAAAAUUGUUUUUGCACCCAAAAAGAACGAUGAUGACUAAAGACGUUAAAAAGAAACAAAAAUUUGAGACCGAUUUUGAAAUUAUCGCAACGAAGACUUAUUUAACCACUUUUACGACGACGACGACUUUAUUGGAUGAAAAUCGAGAGAAAAUAAUCACUUCGAGAUCGAGGGUUGUUGAAAACGUCGUUACAGAAAGUAUCGAUUUAGAGUUGUUGGAUAAAAAGUAUUUAAAUUCGAUCAAGAAGGAGAUUGAGAGUGAGAAAUUGACUAAAAUAGCUACAAUUAAUGGAGAGAAGAUUGAAGUUACAAUCGUUCCUAUUAAACCGACGUCAACUUUAGAGAUUUUAAAAACUACAAUGACGAGUUUCGAAGAAAUUAAGCCGUCAAUUCCGAGUGUUAUAACUGGAUCGACGAUUGUUUUCGUUGAUGAGGAUGAUGAUCCUUUUAAAUUGGCGGCGAGCGAACCAACUCCAGUUUUGGUUCCGUCGAGCGUGGUGAAAAAAUUAAGUUCGGAAAUUGUUCCGUCAAAAAACUUGAAAAGGCACACCAUUAAAGAAACUACCCAACCGGGAUAUGGUUCCACGAAAAUCAAAAAACCAACCCUAAACGAAGAUGUUUUAGGAUUAGGAUCAAUUAAUAUCAAGCAAUUAACCCCCGUUUUAAACGUAAUGGCCGAUUUGAUUCAAAAUAAUUUAAAAGCAACCAAACGAAACGAUUCAAUCGACAAUAUUAAGAACGUAAAAAAGAAAGAGGAGGAAUUAAUCCAAGCAAGACCCCCUAUUUAUAUCCCAGUGGGGGGUUUCACCGACAUUGAAGUAGCCGAGAGUCAAAAUAUAGCAAAUUUUAAAAUUAAGGAGUGGGAAAAACCGCAUCAUCAAAAAUUCACGAACGAAUCGCCGUUAAUUAACGGGGGAAUCCCCAUUUCUCCCGGCGAAAUUAUAACGACGAAUUCAGACGUGAUCGUCGGCAAACCAGGAUUGGUUGGGCCAAGAAUUCCAAUUCAAAAUAACCAAAUUCCUUUGGGAAUGAACCCUCCACCUUUAAAUUUAAAAAUUCCCAUUAAUCCCGUUCACCCAAUAAUCCACGUUCCAAAUCAAAACGAUUACGUUGGGCCCCCUCCCCCGCAAGAUGAUUAUUUUGGACCUCCACCUCCUAUUUUGAAUCAAGAUUUAAUUCCGAAUGAAUCAUUACCCUCAACGAUCAUUUACAAUUUGCACCCAUCAAAAAUUGAGUUUAAAUCAAAUUCGAUGAUUAUGAAUCAAAAAAUUUUGGGGCUACCAGAGGUUAUUGAAAGAUCGACGGGGCAACCCCUAUUGGUGAAUAUUCAGCCCUCUCAAACGGCGUUGGUUAAUAUCCCUCAUAAUAGAACGACCGCGUUGAUUUAUGGGGGUUCGAUUGAGCCACAUAAAAGCGGCCAAUACUUCGAUGAUCCAUCUCCAUACGUGGAAUUAUCUAAUGGUGUGCCUAAAAUAAACUCGGAACAUAAUUUUAAAUACAACUAUAAAAACGUUAAAUUGGGGAAUAAUCAAAAACAAGUUAGCGGGGUGAUUAAGGUCGACCCAAAUCCGGUUUAUAAUAAUAAAAAUAAAGAAAUUAAGCCGUCUAAAACCGGGGAGGUCGUUAAUAACAUUUAUUUCGAUAGCAAUUCGAAUAAUAAGAACAUCCAGAUAAACGCGCCUCCCAUUUCUUUUGGAUCGAUACAAAAAGAUAAUGAGUUUGAUGGUUAUAUCAUUAAGCACGAACAAAAAUUGAGUCAAAAUCAUCAAUUUAGGGACCCCCAGAAAGUUUUUUAUUAUCAAGAACAUAAAUUAAUAAGUAAUCAGCAUAAAAUUUUAAAUAAUAAUCAAGUUGAAAUAAAAAAAAAUAAUCAAAUCCAUCAAUACCAACCUCAAAGUCAAUUGUUUAACAAUAAAAAUGUGUUCCAUUUGAAUCAACAAAAUUCAAAUAAAAAUCAAGAUGACUCAGGAAUGAAGAAUCAACACAAACAAUCAUUAAAUUAUGUUAAUCAAGAUGAUUUGGAUAAAAAAAAUAAUUUGAAUGAUAAAGAACCAAGUAUUAAUGUUUAUAAACAAAAUGUUCAAUCAUAUAAAACCCCAGAGGCGAUUAAUUUAUUAAAACAGCUUGAUCAAAGAAAACCCAACACCACUUGGGUCCACCAAACAAUUAAUUACAACUUAAAUCGGCCCCAAAUUGUAUUAAAAGGACCUUUACGAAAUAAGCAUCGUCAAAGACCGCGACCUCCUAAUUUCAUGACUCCGCCCGCGAUUUCAGCUCAAAAUUUGUUUAAUCAAGAUGAUUUUAAACGAUUUACGAAGCCUUCGAGUACUCCAAUGAGUAUUCCAUUAAAACCUACUCUUAAUAAUAAUAAUAAUAACAAUAAAAAUAAAAAUCCGUAUGUUUUUAAUGCGAUUGAUUUAAAUCAAGGUGAAUCACACAAUGGGGAUGUUAAUGAAGAAGGUGAAGUAAUCCAAGAAUCGAAUAUACAACCGUUUAAAAUAAUAAAUAAAACUGUUGGUGCAAAUAAAUUAAUUGUGAGGAAAGAAAAUCAACAAAGUAAUCAAAUUAAUCAAGUUAAAUUAGAUUUGGAUGUAAAUGAAGAUGGGUUAUUUACGAAAUUAGGGAGUGGGGAAGUUUUUAUAAAAACUAAUUUAACAAUACAUCACAAAAAAGAUGGUUUUUAUAGAAACACUCAAAAACAACGCACAACAACAACGAAUUUCGUCACUUCGUUACCAGUCGAUACAAAAAUUUCAACUCAUAAGCCGUUGAUGGAAAUAAAUCCGUUUGAAAUCAACAAUUUAGGAACACAAACCGAAAUUCCGUUUAACAUGAACAAAAAUGUUACCAAAAUUAAAAAUACCAACGAUUUAGAGAUCAUGAAACCUCCCCCUAUCAAAGAAAUUAACACCGAAAUGAAACCCCCGAACGUUAAUGUUGAGUACAAAUUAGAAACGAUUAAACCGGAGGAAAUCACCGAAAAGCAUCUUAAUUUAGUGCCCAAACCCCACGAGGAAAUGAUCCCACCCCCGAUUACGACGGAAGAAGUUUUUGGGUUAACCCCCCCACCUCCGAUUACAACCCAUCGUCCCAAUUAUAAAUUAAAAACGACGACACAAAAAGUAAUUACGACGAAAUUUAAUAACAAUUUGGUUUAUAAUUGGCAGCCGAAUGUAGUUUUGAUUAAAAAUGAAACGAAAAAGAACGAAGUUGCGAGGGUUACUGAAAAAACGGUUGAUGGGUGGAGUUUUGAAAGUAUUGGAGAUGAUAAGCAAGAAGAUAAAACGAAUUUUGUUACAACACCGAAAAUUAGGGAUGAAUUUGAACUUGAUAAAUCGAAAAUUAAUAAUGAAAUUGAAUCGAUACGAAUUAAACCGACGAAAAUUGAAUCAGAAACUAAAACGUCAACGUCAAUAAAUGCGAUAUUACCGACAUCAACGACAACAACAAUAACACCGAUUAUUUCAACAAUUACAACUUUAAAAGUGUUUGAAUCGAAAGAUAAUUUAAAAGUGUUUGACUCGAAAGAUACUUUAAAAGUGUUUGAAUCGAAAAAUAAUGUUGUGGAAGAAAAUAAACCGAUUUCUUCAUUACCGACCGAACAAAUCGUACCAACCCAAACGAAUUUAUCCCCGCAAAUUGAAAUUUUAACAACAAAAAUUGAAAUUGUCGGUUCAAUCCCGUCUUUAACUCAACAAAUAAUUCAAGAACAAGAAACGUUAAUAAACGAUCAAGAAAUUUUAAGAAACACCCCAAAUUUAGAUGCAUCAAUAAAAACGUCAAUAAAUACAUCCCCUACAACGAUGACCGAAAUAACUCAUUAUGGAACUUAUCACCAUCAUCAUCAUCCCAGUAUUAAAAGGCGCCCCCAAAAAACGUUAAUUAAUAAAAUCGUUUCGAUAAAACCAGUUUCGACUAAAUACAUAACCCACACCAUAACCUCAACGGUAACUGUCACCGAAACGAAGGUUAUUAAAACUUCGGGGGGUCCACCAUCGACGAUGACUAUGCUCGUAACGAAAACCGAAAUGAUUACUAAAAUUGAUACAAUAACCGAAUUAAUGACUUUGUUUAAACACACAUCGUUUAUUAAUACGAUUACGAAAACGGUUCAUAAUACUUUGUAUUCACCGGGGGUUAAAUACGGACAAAUUAAACCAACGUCUAUCGAAAAAAUUGAGGUUACAUCAAAUAUUUAUCAAAAAGAAAAUUAUGACGUUGAAGAUGAGGAAAAUAAUGAAGAAUUUAAAGAGGAGGAGUUAAUAAUAAAUAAUGAGAAAGAAGUGAAUGAAGUUAAAGAAAAUAAUCGCGGUGAAAUUUAUGUUGAAGCAAAACCGGAAGUUGAAGAAAACGAUUCGAUUUUGAUUGUGGUAAACGACAAAAAUAAAGGGAGUGUGAUUAAGGAUGAAGAAACGAUCUCGAGGGAUGAAAUUUUAGAGACGAACGAUGUCGAUAAGAUUUUAUUGGGGGGCAUCUCAAUACCAACCUUUGAAACGUCCCAAAAUGAUAAUAAUAAAUGUAACCCGGAGUGCAAAGCCACUAAAAAUGAGUUGUGUCAAAGAAUCGAGGGGUUAAUGAGGUGCGUUUGUCGACCGGGUUUCGCUAGAAUGUUUCCGGAUCAUCCUUGUAAACCAACUUACACUUACACCUUAAACAUUGGAUUGGAACGUUACUCAAAGGAUAAAUUAUUCUAUAAAGGAACUUUAUCGAAUCAUAACAGCACGGAUUACCUCCGAUUAUCAUCGAUAACUCAAGAAGGUCUCCACCGAAUGGUCAUGCAAUCUGAUUUACGUGAUAUUUACCACGGCGUUAGCAUAAACGGGUUUGGAAGCGACUCAAAUGGGGUUUUAACCAACAAUUUUAAUUUACAACUUUCCGAUAACGCCGAAGAGACGCGGCUAAAAGAAACUUUUAAGCGCUAUUUAAGAAAUAAUAAUUACAGUUUGGGCGGAACUGAGUUGUACGCCUCAAAAGAUAAUUUGGAGCACCUCAAAGCGGAAGAUUUUAACGAGUGCUCGAAUAAGCUGUAUCAUGAUUGUUCUGAUUACGCGCAUUGCUUCAAUUUAAAGGGAACAUACACUUGUAGUUGUAAAGAGGGUUAUUCGGAUUUAUCCGAGAAUAUCCAGUACCCUGGGAGGAUUUGUUCCGCUGAGAUAAUCGGGUGUGAGCGUUGUAAUUAUCACGGGACGUGCUACGAUCGCGGGGAUGAUCGCGUAAUUUGCGAAUGCUUCCAAUGGUACGCUGGGGAUGGUUGCCAAGUCAAUUUGAAAGUUUUAUUAAUCGGAUUAGUAACCCUUGGGGCGAUUCUUUUAACGCUACUUUUCAUUUGUGUCGUUUUAACUUGUUGUAAACGCAGCCCGAAGAAGAAUAACAUCGCAACGGGGAUGAGUUUUUUGCCGCAAAGGGUGCAACAAAAUCGUCAAAAUACUUUAGAUAGGCGGGCUAUGAUUCAAGAUACAAGCUCAGAGAGUGGACAAUCUGAUAAUAACACUUUACCGUACGUCCCAAAAAAGAUUGUGGCUCAAAAUAAAAAUCAAAAAUUAAAGGGGGCGCUCAAAAAGCCGAAAUUAAAUCAAGACGAAAAUAUGCAAAGUGAUCAGAAAGAUCGUUCGUUAACCGUAAUGAUUCCAAGAGCUAAAUAUCAUCCGAAUCAAGCGACUUCGAGUAAUAAUAAUAAUAAUAACAAUAAAAAAAGGAAAUCUUCGUCAACUAGUAACGAAGCGAAAUUAUUGAGUUAUUUAGACGCGGGGCCUUCCCCCGAUAAACUUUCAAAUCAAAUAAAUCAGCGUAAAUUUAGCUCGGCUCACAGCGAAUCUUACAUCGAAGAGAAACAAAUAAGAAAACCCUCAUCGGGGGCGCUAAUUUCGGCUGGAUUUGAAGUUUCAGCAACCGUAGUUAAUAAUAUGGGAACUUUAGGGACGAUUGCUACGACGUGCGGAACCGAGGCCGAUCGGAGCGAGAAUGCCACGUUAAUUCAAAAAAUUAGCGCCGAUUUGUUGUCGAAUACAACCGGGACAAGGUCGCAAUUCAAUACUUUAAGGAAUACUUACGACGAUGAUGACGAUAUCGACGAAACUAUGUCUAAUUGGAUGAAUACGCGGAUAACAACCGUUUCCGAGGCGAGAUCAUACGAUGAAACGACGAUUCAACCCCCCAUGAAAUCAUUCCGGCACGAUUAUGACUCAAAACCGUCAUCGCAACACCCAAAUGAUGAGGCAAAUACAAUGGCAGAGCGAGAUUUGGGUUCGACGUUUUUAUUACCUCACACCCAUCUGUAUAAACCAGGAGGGGGUAGCGAUAUAUCAGGAUUCGAAUCUCUCUAGCGAAUUAAAAAA